AUGUAGGUAAUAGUCAGUGGUGAGGCCGCCUCGCGGGCCGUCGACAGUGUUGAAGUUGAAUUAACAGGUGUCUCGUUCUCUAUCAACAAGUUAUCAAAAGCUUUAUCGGUGUUACUUUGCUCCGUUGCUGGAAUUUAUUAAUUUUUAUAUACCUAACUUUAUACUCACCGUCGUAAUCAAAAAUAAUUAUAAAUAAAUACUGUAUUUAUUUAUUGUAUUGUAUAUCUAGUAAUAAACGUGUCAAAUAACAUGAUGUCGGAAACUGUGGUGACGGUCCAAGAUGGUUCUACCAACAAUGCAAACAAUCCUCGGCAAGGGCCGACCGUUAAAACAGAACCCGGACAGCAGAGUCUCUUCGCUGGGAUCACACUCAAUAUACCUUACUUCAAAUCGAUUCCUGGAAUUAUAAAGCUCGUGCAAUUGGGUCUUGGCAUUAUUUGUAUGGCAUGCGCGUCUCCGGUGUAUAAUUCUGCAGCGAGUUGGUUCCUAUUUGUUGCAACGGCAUCCUUCAUAAUCACCCUUGCUUGGGUCUUUGUUUAUCUCUUGUCGCUGAGGGAGGCAUUAACAAUACGUAUUCACUGGAUUUUGACGGAAUUAUUAAACACAGGAAUAAUAACUAUCCUGUACACCAUCGCGUUUAUUGUCCAAUUAGCAGUCUGGAGCUCUUAUACCAACAGUCAGUGGAGUCCUAAAUCAUCGAAUAUCGCUGCCGGAGUGUUUGGAAUCUUCAAUACCAUAGCUUAUGCUGCGGGAACGUACUUCCUCUACGUCGAACACAAGAGCAAUAACUCACAGUGAGGAUAGAGUACCUGUUUAAAUUUUAAAUUGUAUCAGCAUCAACUUGUAUUCAGGAUUGUUUCCUGCAGUUUAACUGAGCCAUCAGCUGUUCCAGGUCUUAAUGCUCCAAAUUGAGACUCUACUUUUUAAAUCAAUAAAUAUAUAUAUUUAUAUUUACGUAAAUCAUAAUAAUAAUAAUAAUAAUUGUUAUUAUUAUUAUUUAAAAUUCGUAAAGGCGAAUCGGUUAAUUUACUCAUACUUCCUCACACUAGAUUUUAUUAUAACUUUUCAAUCAAAAUCUUCAUUUUUUAUCCUUCUUGUGUAAUUAUACGUCCGCAAUUGUUUACCGAAAAUUGUUAUAGGAUUUAUGAGUGCGACUGAUAGAGUACAAAAGGUGAAGAUAUUAUUUACCAACGUUGCUGGGUAUUAAGAGACAAUUUUAAUAGUUUAUUAAUUCACCAGCAGUUUUUAAAAUCAGUCACAAAUUAUAAAAACAAUAUUAUGUUUCUAAAGCUUACUAGUUAGUUAUAUUUGUUUAUCACAUCAUUAUUUUUUUUUCUAUACUUAUUCAUCAAUUCAUACGACGAUUUCUAUAUCUUAUUUUUAUUUACAAUUAGUCACAGUAAUUAUUACUACAAUAAUAUACGUAUGAUUACAAUAAUAAUAUAUUUAUAAAUAUGAAUACAUUUGUACUCGAAAUUUAAUUUACUGGAAGUCUUAUGUACAUAGACUACAUAAAUAUAAAACUCUGGCGUUACGAUUUAUAAUAAUUAUGAUGAACCUAAGAUCAGCAGACAUCUGAUCUUUUUUUUUAGUUUAUUAAAAAAAUAAAUUAGUACUAAGAAAAUAUUUUUUAAAAAUUAUACUUAGUAGUUUUUUUUUUUUUUUUUUAAUUCGACAAGUGGAAUUUUCUAAAAAGUUUUCUUUAUAAUUAUUUAACUGUCCAAAAAAAUUAUCAGAUGUCAGAAAUUUAAUAUCAUUAAUUGUAUUAUUUUAUAAUAAAAUCAAUUAAUAUAAUUUGGAUCUGUCAGAGUCAACCAAUUAAAAAUACAAAAGUUUUAUAAAUAAAUUUGUAUUUUAUAAUUAUACAAUUAAAAAAAAAGAACAAAGUUUUAAUUCACACGUAAUUGAAGAAUAAAUAUAAAAUAAAAUGUGACUUUAAGUGCCUUACUAAAGAAAUAGUGAAAGUAGAUUUUUAAAGUUUUAAUAAAUAAUUUUGCUACUCAUUUAAUUAAAAAUUAUAUAAAUACGUCAAUCACAGUCUAAAUAAUUACAGACAUCGAAGGUAAAAAUA